AAAGGGCCUUUAAGUAGCAACGCUCUCCAGUCUGUGGUAUCAGUUUUUUCUGCCGAACAAACUUGACUCUUACAAGAUGAGUGGUCGCGGAAAAGGAGGCAAGGGACUCGGUAAAGGAGGCGCCAAGCGUCACCGUAAAGUGCUCCGUGAUAACAUUCAGGGGAUCACUAAACCCGCCAUCCGCCGUCUGGCUCGCCGUGGCGGAGUGAAGCGUAUCUCCGGUCUGAUCUACGAGGAGACCCGCGGUGUGCUCAAGGUGUUCCUGGAGAACGUGAUCCGUGAUGCCGUCACCUACACCGAGCACGCAAAAAGGAAGACUGUGACCGCCAUGGACGUGGUGUACGCUCUGAAGAGGCAGGGCCGCACCCUUUACGGCUUCGGAGGAUAAAGCAAUAACGACAUGAUCUCUCUACAACACAACGGCUCUUUUAAGAGCCACCCAAACCAUCCAAAGAGCUCAUUUCAAUUGUCCAAGAAUAUAUUUUUUAAUA